AUGGUGAUUAUUGUUGUAAAUGAUGCUGACCAUGGUAUUUAUACAAUCACAGGAGACGUUUCAGAAAGUCAAUUUGCAAACAGAGCAGAUCUUCGAAGCAUUGAUAUCAAAGAGUGCAGUACGAUCGGCGAUUACGGAUUUUUCAACUGUACAAACAUCAAAGAUGUCAAACUUCCGAAUACACUCACGAAGAUCGGAACCAGAGCUUUCUCAGAUUGUUCCCUACUCAAUAAGAUAACCAUACCAGAUGGUGUGAGUACGAUUGAAGACAAAUUAUUCUACUUCUGUACUUCUCUCGAAGAAGUCACUCUCCCACAAACACUCGUUACGAUUGGAAACGAAUCAUUCAGAUUUUGUACUUCUCUGAAAAAUCUUCGUCUACCAUCAUCUCUUUCUACUAUUGGAAAGAGUGCAUUCUCAGGAUGCACAAAUCUGACACUAGUCAAUCAAAAUCUUCCGAAUAACUUACGAAAUCUUGGUAACGGUGUUUUCUCAACAUGUUCGAAAUUAACAAAUAUAACAAUUCCAGAUUCAAUCACAGUUCUCGGUUCUUAUCUUUUCAAUCAAUGUAAUUCUCUUCAAUCAGUGGCAUUUGGACCAAGUAUCACUCACAUUGGUGACUAUUGUUUCUUCAACUGCUACAACCUUGUUUCUAUUUCAGAUUUACCAAUCAUUGAAAGUAUUGGAGACAGAGCAUUCGACACGUGUUCAAAUCUCCGUUUAAUAUCUCUCUCAAACGAAAUCAAAUCCAUUGGAAUUUCUGCAUUCAAACAAUGCGAGAAAAUCAAUACAACUGAUUAUACAUUUAAUCUUUCCCAACUUACAGAAAUCAAAGCUGGUACGUUUUCAUGGGCUCUUUAUAAUAGAUAUCAUGAUUAUCGAAAACCUAUAUCAUAA